AUGCCAAAAAGAGGUUCUAGUUUUUAUUUGACUGAAACUAAAAAUUCUUCUGAUUCUUCAUCAAAUGGAAAUGGACAUAAUUCAACAAGUAAAAAUCAAAAUAUUGAAUUUUCUGGUUGGCUAUAUAAAUGGACAAAUUAUGUAAAGGGGUAUAGAAAACGUUGGUUUUUAAUUGAUUCUAUGGGAAAUUUGAAAUAUUACAGGUUUUUUUGUUUAAAAUUUUUUUAUAAAUUUUUUAAAAGAAACUCGAAUGAUGUGAAUGGACCUUCUCGUGGAUCGAUAAAAAUGGAAGAGGCUAGUGUUCGCAGUGAUCAACAUGAUGGACUUAAUAUGAUUAUAACAGUUCCAUUUUCACCAAAUUUACAUUUGAGAGCAAUUAAUGACUUGGACCGUUCAAAAUGGUUAAAAGCUUUGGAAAAUGCCAAACAUUUUGCAAUUAAAAGAGUUUCUUCUUUAGAAGAUGAUGAGAACGAAACAGAAAAAUUUUUGAGUAAAACACUUGAAUUGAAGGAAUAUCCACUUGGAGAUUUUGAAGGAAUGAAUAAAGAAUUGAAUGAAUUGGCUGCUAAAUUUUCAAACGAGUUGGAAGGGUUUUUGCAUUUUGCUGUUGGACAUUUAAAUGCUGCAGAUGCCAAAAAGUGUGUGGCUAAAGCUAAUUCUGUGAAAAUUUUGAGAGACGGGACUUUGAAGUUAACCGAUCAAUUAUUGACAAAAUACAAAAAAGAAUGCGAAUCUCUUUGCCGUCUAGCCCACUCACAAAAUGAAAAACACCAAGAAUUACAAAGGCAAUAUGAAAUUUUGGCUAGACAACAUCAACAACUUGAAGGGGAAGCUUUGAGACUUUCUGCUAGAGUGGCUGAUGAAAGUAGUAAAAAUACUGGAGGAUCGCUUUCAUAUAUGACAGCAUUAGGAGGACCAACACCCCCAUUAUUAAAAAAUCAGACAGAGGAAGAAGAAGAAGAUCAAUUUCAAGAUGCAACAGAUACUUUACCUGAAGAAGAAAAAAAUAAAUUUGAUUUUUUUGAAGAAAAUUUUGAGGGAGGGGGAAGUGAAGGAAAUGGAGGGGGUGGAGGUGGUGGAUGGUCAGAAAAAUCAUCUUCUUUUUGUUUUGAUGAAGAAGAAAUUGAAAUGGUUAAUAAAGGAGGAAAUGUUGCUGUUGUUAAUAAUUCAACAAAAAAUAAAUUAAAUGAAGUUGUUGGUAAUUCUUCUUUAAAAAGUCAAAAUAAUAAUUUGGAUUUGUCUAAAUGUAAAAUUAUUUUGCCUGAUCAACAAAAUUUAACAACUUAUCAAGAAAAUACUCAACCAAUAGUUGUUUCGAAUUUACCAAUUCCAAAAAGACGCUCAAAAAUUCCUCCUAAACCAGAAUCAUAUGGAUUGAAUCUUUGGUCAAUAAUGAAAAAUUGUAUUGGGAAAGAAUUGACUAGAAUUCCUUUACCUGCAAUACUGGUAAACUUUAACGAGCCCCUUUCAAUGUUACAAAGAAUAACCGAAGAUUUGGAAUAUUCUUAUUUGUUGGAUAGAGCUUCAGAAAAAUUGGAUAUAUCGGAAAGACUUGCAUAUACAGCAGCAUUUGCAAUUAGUGUUUAUUCGGCUACAGCUAAAAGAACAACAAAACCUUUUAAUCCUUUGUUGGGGGAAACUUUUGAAUUUGACAGAAGGGCAGAUUUGGGUUGGAGGUCUUUAACUGAACAAGUUUCUCACCACCCUCCAGCUGCAGCAAUGCACACAGAAGGUGUUAAUUGGGAAUUAAGUCAAGAAUUUAUGGUUGCUUCUCGUUUUCGUGGAAAAUAUAUGUCUGUAAUACCUACGGGAUAUACUCAAAUUAAAUUUAAAGAUGGAAAGGCUAAUUUUAUUUUUCAAAAAGUAACAACAACUGUACAUAAUAUAAUUGUCGGGAAACUUUGGAUUGAUAAUCAUGGGACGAUGAAUAUUGUCAAUCAUGUUAGUGGAGAACGUGCAAAUAUUAAAUUUCAUUCAUACAGAAUUAUUUUAGACAAAAAAGGAAAUGCUCGUUUUUAUAUUUUUGGUUAUUGGGAUAGCUAUUUAAAUAUUGCUUUAAUUAAUAAUCAAAAAAAUCAGCAGGGAAAGGUUUUGAUUGAAACUGGGGAGCCAAAAAGGAUUUGGACUGUUAAAGAGCCUUUGGGAGAUUCUUCAAUGUUUAACUUCACAAAAUUAGCUAUAGAAAUGAAUGAACCAGAUGACCAAGUAGCCCCAACAGACUCUCGUUUUCGUCCAGAUCAGCGUUUAAUGGAAAAUGGGGAUUGGGAUGGGGCUAAUGAUCGUAAAAAUGAAUUGGAGGAUAAACAAAGGAAGGCUAGACGUAAAGCUGAGGCCGAGGCUGAAAGGGCGAUUGCUAAUAAUCAACAACCUCCAGAAUACCAAGCUUGUUGGUUCCAAAAAGUACAAGAUACAAAUACCGGUUCAGUAAUUCACACAAUUCGAGGUAAUGAAUAUUGGGAAUGUAAAGAGAAAAAGGAUUGGUCUAGAUGUCCAAAUAUUUAUUAA